AUGGAAUCUGAGUCUAAGGUGCUUGUGGAUAGGGUUGCUGGUAACAUUCACAAUGGGGCAUGGAAUAUUGCCCCAAUCUUGGAGGAAGUUAACACUCUUUCCUCUAGCUUCUCUGAGGUGUGCUGGAAGUGGGCUCCUCGGAGUGUAAAUCGUGCAGCUCACUUGGCUGCUAAGAUAGGAUCGCGAGCGGUGGAACCUGAGUGUUGGGUCGAGAGACCACCACCGUCUCUAGUUGGUGUGUUAGGUGUCUGA